CUUCAAUUCAAUUCAGGCCCAGGUUCAAGAUGCACUGGUCCCUCCCUCUUAUCGCUGCCACCGCAGCGUCCGCCCGGGAAAUCACCUUCCCCCCCAUCGCCGCCAUCAACCCCACCAACCAGUACGCACUCCUCAACAACGACCACAAUAUCAACCACCCAAUCGACAUCGUCACCGGUAGCCAAUUCUCCGGCCUCACCACCUUCGCCAAUCUUCCCUACGCCAAUUGCAUCGCCGACGAGGACACAAAAUUCGACAUCGCCUUCCUAGGCGCCCCCUUCGACACGGCCGUAACUGGCCGCCCCGGCGCACGCUUCGGCCCCAAAGGCAUCCGACUCGGCUCCCGCCGUCUGGGCGGCUACGACAUCUACACGGGGGAGAAUGUGUUCGAGAGCUGGGCGAAGCUAGUGGACUGCGGCGACGCGCCAUUGACAUGGCUGGACAAUACGGUUGCAUUGAAGCAGUUGGAUUUGGCGCAUAAGGUGAUCUCGAACCGCCGCACGAAUGCCACGCAUCUGGGCCAGUCGCCGCGCAUCAUCACGCUGGGCGGAGACCAUACCACGACGCUGUCGGCGCUGCGGUCGACGUAUGAGAAUUGGGGGCCGGUGUCGGUGAUUCAUUUUGAUAGUCAUAUCGAUACAUGGGACCCUGAGGUUCUAGGCGGCGGCAUCUCGCAUUACGCAGGCGUCAACCACGGCACCUUCCUGCACCUCGCGCACGAAGAGGGCCUAAUCCGCAACACCUCCAUCCACGUCGGCAUCCGCGCCCCGGUCAUCCGGCCGAAAGGCGCAGACCUGCGCAACGACCUCCGCUGCGGCUUCGAGAUCCUGACCGCUCGCGACGUCGACCGCCUGGGAGUUAACGCGAUGGUCGAGCAGAUCAAGGCCCGCGUCGGCGGGAGCAGAGUGUAUAUCUCCGUGGAUAUUGACGUGCUGGAUCCGGCUUUCGCUCCUGCAACCGGCACCUCCGAACCAGGAGGCUUCUCCACCCGCGAACUCCUGACGAUAAUCGACGCCCUGCGCGGGUUACCUGUUAUCGGCGCGGAUGUGGUCGAGGUGGCGCCUAUCUAUGAUACGGCGGGGGGGGCGACGCCGCUGGCUGCGGCGGGGGGGGGGCGGGGGAAGGGAACCUACAGCUACACCAUAUACUCUAAAUAG